AUGGGCAUCGACCUGCCUGACGACCUGCCGCGGUCCACGCUGGACGAGUUCAACUACUUCAUGGACACACAGAAGCUCAGGAUCGCGGUGUCGAACAUGGAGAACGCCAACACCCCGGCAGAGCUGCAGAAGAUUGUGGAGCAGGUCAUACGCAACCUGCAGCAGCUGCCGCCCGUGCCCAGCGUCGGCAUACACGACGCGCCGCCGCCCACCAGGGUGCCGGACCUGCCCGAAGAGGACAUGGAGACCAAGGGGGGCGGCCAGGCCCACCAGGACGCGCGCGUGGUGAAGGAGGGCGACGAGGAGGUCGACAACGACAAGGACGCGAGGGCGGCGGCGNCCGCCGCCGCCGCCGCCGCGGCGGGCACGGCGGAGGGGGCGGAGGCAGCAGUGGAGGGCGGCGCGGCGGCGGCGGACGCGGCGGAGGCCGCGGCGGGUGGCGGCGCAGCGGUCUCGGGCGGGAAGGCCGCGGGCGGGGAGCCGGUUCUGGAAGCUGACGAGAAGCUGGACACUCUCUCACCACCGCCAGAGGGCGUGGCGGCUGCGGCCGUGGGCGGUGGCGAGGGCGGGGACGGCGACGGCAGCGGCGGCGGCGGNCGGCGGUGA